GCUGUCACAUCUGCUGGCUGAGAAGAUGAAGCACUCACAGGUGGCUGUGCUGCUCCUCAUGCAAAGCGUGAUUGCUCUGGUUGGAACAAUGGCAACAACAGAGGUGACCCCUCUUUUCGAUACGACUCUUCCGGAUCCGCCUCAGACUAGCAUGACAACUGUUGAUCUGCACGCUUCCUCAGAGAUCCCUCUUUUCAAUACGACUCUUCCGGAUCUGCCUCAGACUAGCAUGACAACUGUUGAUCUGCGCACUUCCUCAGAGACCCCUCUUUUCGAUACGACUCUUCCGGAUCCGCCUCAGACUAGCAUGACAACUGUUGAUCUGCGCACUUCCUCAGAGACCCCUCUUUUCGAUACGACUCUUCCGGAUCCGCCUCAGACUAGCAUGACAACUGUUGAUCUGCGCGCUUCCCCGAAGACCUCUCUUUUCAAUACCACGUUUCCGGAUCUGCCUCAGCCUAGAACGACAACUGUUGAUCUGCGCACUUCCCCAGAGACCUCUCUUUUCAAUGCCACGGUUCCGGAUCUGCCUCAGCCUAGAACGACAACUGUUGAUCUGCGCACUUCCCCAGAGCUCUUUGCCAAUGUCUCCGGCUCUGUGGAUGACAAGGGAACUUGUCAGUGCUCUGUGUACUUGCCGGAUACGACCUUUCCAGUGCAACAGGCUGAGCGAUUGGAAAUUAUAGCCACGACACUCUCGGUGAAAUUUGAGAGAGAGCUUUCUCAAGUUAGAGAGUACGCAAAAAUGGUUACACUGUAUCAGCAAAAAAUCCUUAAUCUAACCAUCAGAGUGGAGCACAUGGAGAGCAGCAGUGUAUCUUACACAGAACUGGACUUCCAGUUACUGAAAGUGGAAAUCAGUGAGCUAGACAGACUGGUCACUCAGCUGAAAUCCAGCCUUGUUGGAAGCAACGUCAUCGUUGAGCAAAUAUAUAUGGAGAUCAGAAAUCUGACUAUACUGGUAGGUGAGCUAGAAUCAAUGGACAAAAACAAUAUCCUUGCAAUUCGUCGACAAAUAGUGUCUCUGCAGAAUCGAUUGAAAGAGUGUGAAGAGAAUGCAAACAAAACUACAGUACCCCCUUAUUUCCCACCAGGUAGCUGCAUUCACGGUGGACUGCUGAAUGUUAGCCAGCCCUAUGUUGUAAAGCUGAACUGGAGAGGAUUUUCCUACAAAUAUGGCUCCUGGGGCAGAGAUUACUCUCCCUCCAACCCAGAGAGUGAAUUCUAUUGGGUUGCACCAUUGAACACAGAUGGGAGACUCUUGGAAUACUACAGAAUUUAUAGUUCCUUCGAUAAUUUGCUGCUGUUUCAACAAACAUAUGAAAGUAGAAUAACAUAUGGGGAAGGGAGUGGUGUUGCCCUGUAUAAUAAUUUUUUGUAUUACCAUGCUUAUAAUACAAGAUACAUGGUGAAGCAUGAUAUAAAAAGAAACACCAUGGUUUUGAGGAAGGAGCUUCAAGAUGCUGUUACCGGUAACCGUUUCUCUUAUGCAGGUGUAUCAUGGCAAACCCUAGAUUUUGCUGUGGAUGAAAGUGGGUUAUGGGUAAUCUAUUCAACAGAAAAUAACAUGGGCAACAUUGUGAUUAGCAAACUCAAUGAGACCACACUUGAUGUGCUAAAUACUUGGCAGACAAGACAGUACAAGCCAUCUGUUUCCAAUGCUUUCAUGGUGUGUGGUGUUCUGUAUGCCACAAGGCCAGUGAACACUAGGAAAGAGGAAAUCUUCUACAUGUAUGACACAACUACUGGCCAAGAAGGUAGAACUAGUAUCAUUAUGGAAAAAAAGUUAGAUACAAUCCAGAGUAUCAGUUAUAACCCUGCUGAUCAGAAAUUGUAUGUUUACAAUGAUGGCUACCUUCUGAGAUAUGACGCGAUCUUUCAGCCUUAGUAUCGCAAUGACAUAAGCAUGUGAUAAAACUGGCAGCAACUAAAACAAGAGAUCCAAUAGGCCUUUAGACAACGUUAUUGCCAGUUUAGGGUUCAUCUGGUCUGAUGUGUUGUACCUGUGCAUGUUAUAUGUAUUACUUGUACUCUUUACAGGAAUUGCCCCCUCUGGUCAGCAGUAUUGCUGGCAGCAGGGUUUGGCAGUACCGAGUUUUCUAGGUUUUGAUUGGUGUUUAUUAGUGUUCACUGCUUUACAAUUGUCCUGCCUUUAAGGGUAAAUUUACUGCAUAGAUUUAGUGCAUUUUGUUCUCAGAAAUUGAUGGGCAAAGUCUACCUACUGACUGAGAAGCUAAUUACCCACUGAUAUACAUUUGUCAGUGUAACACAGGCAAGUCACACAGAAACUGGGAAUGAAUUUCCACUGAUCUUCAUCUGAGUGAACUGAGGCCUCAGGGAAAUCAAGUGAAGGAUUAAAAUGGUAUAGGAAGUAGAUAUGGUGAGAGGACAACAAGCCAUUUGUUAGGUAGAACCAGCAGUCUCUGGUUCAAGGCUUCAGGAGGGAGGAUACAAAUGCACUUGGUUGUUUGAAGUCCUACCACAGGGAGGGAGGAGAAGGCAUCUAAGCAGGGACAGAGCUUUCUGCUCUCACCAUUACUGAUGUGGUGGGACAGCCACCCCUGAGUCCCUCACCAGUAGCUGCCCCACUUCAGCUCAGCUGUCUCCCAGGCUGCCAUAGCACCAGCCUGGCUUCCCAGAGAGGCUGUGGGUGCAAAACUGGCAGCAAGGCUCUCACCAACUUUCUGUCUCUCCCCAUCUGCUGCCCUUAGCAACUCCCUGUGCCUAGACCUGUUCUUACUGUAAAAUAGCCAUGUUUUGUGGUCACCAUGGUGCCAUUUUCCUGGCAGUACAGUGCAAGAAAUGCAGUUUUCUUUAUGCUUCUGUAAGCUGAUGCAAAUACUCCCAUUGACUUUAUUGGCCACAAGUGACCAAUAGGUGUAUAUUAUGCAUUGUCGUAAAAUGACAGCCACGUUAUUUAGUGUGCCUUUAUUCAGCAUUUUUACCAUUCUGUAAUUAGCUGCCUGAGAGCCUUGUUAGUGUAGGGUCCAAUUUGUUCCCUGGGUAAUUCUGUCUUAUAGCAAGGUGAGAGGUCUUGUGGAAAACAGAAAUCUGGUCAAACUACUUGUAUACCCUGUUGCCCAAAAAUAAGACCUAGCCCGAAACUAAGCUCUAGUGUGAUAGUUCACGAUUUUUGAGGAUGCUUGAAAUAUAAACUCUAUUCCAAAAAUAAGCACUAGUUACAGUUCAUUAAGAAACUAAAUUUAAAUAGUGUCCAGGCAGCUAUACAUGUAAAAUGUAAGCAUCUUUUGGAGCAAAAAUUGUACAAGACACUGUCUUAUUUUCAGGAAAACAAAGUGUAUGUUUUUUGUUUUUUUUUUUUUUUUUUAAUAUGGGUCUUAUGUAAUAGUUUCUGAGUGUUUGCACUGUAAUAAUGUCUUACCUGCAUCAUGUCAGAAAGCAGACUGGAAUACUGAAAUUCAGAGCUCUACAAUGACAAACAAAGCAGUUCAUGUUGUUAAUUUCCUUCUAUUACCUAUGCAAUCACGUCUGUGUCCUGUGAUAAUCAAAAUCAAUACAUAUGCAAAUGACUCCUUUUGUUUUAAUAAAAAUAAAUAUUUCAAAGAA